UGCUGCAACUCCCUACUCAAGUGAGGUUGUUAAUUACCUAAUCAGCAAACCUCAUUUGCAGGUGUGAUUGCUUAGUAUAACCUGGUGUAGGUUGUCUUUGCAUGUCUAAAAUAGGAUUUGAAUGCUGGCUCAUAAAAAUGUAAUUUACUCAUUCAGCCUUCUUUUCAGAGGUAAAUUGCAAGGAUCUCAGUUUUUAGUCUCUUUACUUUUCAUGACUUUCGUUUGUUAUUUCUUCAUAGCAAGUGAAGUGGCUCGUGUCUCUUUUUUAUUCACGGUUAUUCUAAGAAAGCUGGACUCAAUGGCACUCCUGAAACCAGAAUCUCAGACAAUAUGGUUUCAAACAUGAUUCAGUGAUGUGAUAUUGUCUGAACACUUAAAGAGCUGUUGUCAAAGAGUAAGUGCAUCUCUUGAUCUUAAAUUCAUUAUCAAUAUUUGUUGGUUGUUUUCUUUACAGUUAUCCCAAUCAAAGUGAUAUCACUUUAUUGUCCAGAGCUACUGUAUGAGAUGCGGCCCUAUGGCCUAAGGCGGCGUAUUCGGUGUCCUAAGAAAUAUGGGGAGACAACAAAAGAGAGGAAAUACAUGCUGGCUCCAAAUCAUGAUUUGGACUUUGAGUGUAAGCAGACUGAAGCAGACUCCCAAAAGCCGCUGGACGCCAGGUAUAUAAGGAAUGCUGCUGUUCUUCCAGACCUCCAUCUUCCCCACAGAGACAAAGCCCUGACAUUUAAGGAAAACAGCUCUGACAGUGUGCCAACUAGUCAGCCAGGCCCUCUGAUGAUCCAUGGCUUCACAGUACCAGAGUACCAACAUACAUAUCAUAUGGUGGUGGAUCCCCUGCUCUUCAGUUCUUGUGGGCAGCUUGCAGCUUACAGUCUGGAGCUGGGACGUACCAUUAAGGAACAUCUGUUUAAUGAGCUGGCCUACCCUACACUUCAACUUUCAGAGCAGCCAAACGGAAAGGUGGAGGUGAUGGAAAGAUUCUGUGUGCUCCGUCCCACACCCGUCAUAGACAUAGACAAUAACGGGGAGCCCCAGUAAUAUUCAUCUACAGACUUUCUUUAACAAAAUCAUGAUAUUUUUCAUUUGUCUUUUGAUUAAUUUUGAUAUUUUUUGUUUGCUAUGUAAUGUAGUAGCCAGAUUUAUAUUUCAAUGUUAACUGAACAAGGUAAUGUCAAAUGUUUGAUGUUUUGUUGUCAAACUCCUCUUUAGAAACUGUAAGUCAAAUCACGUAAAAGCAACAGAAAGAGGUCAAUGCUGAUGCGUGUUGUAUUUUUAAUCAGUUUGUAUCUGUCUAAAUUGAGUGCCAGUACUCUGUUUGUUUGUUUGUCCUUUGUUUUGCAAGCUUGUCAAGUACUGUUAUACUGUAUCAUACUGUCUGUGUGCAUGUGACUACAACCAGGCCUGGGCUGGUUUCUGCUUUCCAAAACAUUAUCAUAAAAAAACAAUACUUCUACAAAACCAGACACUGUAAGCCUUUUGUUUUAUUCAACAUAAACAAAAACUACUUAUUUUUGUUUGCAAAUACU